CCCCACUUUCAACCCAAAACCCUCUCACUUUUAUACCAAUUUCUCCCUACUUUUAUAAAAAAAAAAUAUCUUUUUACCCACAAUGGCUUCUAAUCCUUGGUGGCCCUCGUCUUCGGAUGACGAAGAGGAGAUGUUUUUCGCAAACGCUGUACUACGGGCGGGACAGAUUUUAAUCGAAGAGGAAGAGGAAGAGGAAGAGGAAGAAUUCUCGUCUGAAAAUGUUAUUACCAGACGAAUACGCAUUAACAGAGACCGCCAAGGAGCGCACGACAAAUUGGUGAACGAUUAUUUUUCGGAUGAGCCACUUUACAACGCCGACAUUUUUAGACGCAGGUUCCGAAUGAGUCGCCGCUUAUUCACAAGGAUUGCCAAUGAUUUGGCGGGGCUAGACCCGUUUUUCACGCAACGUCCUGAUGCUCGAAAUUAUGAAGGGUUUACAACGUUACAAAAGUGUACUGCGGCCAUUCGACAACUGGCGUACGGGACAGUGGCCGACGCUUUGGACGAAUACUUACAGAUGUCAGCAAGAACUACGCGGGAAUGUUUGUAUCGGUUUUGCCAUAAUGUGGUGAAACUGUAUAGCAAAAAAUAUUUGCGGAAACCAAACGCGUAUGAUGUUCAACAGUUGUACCAAGCUCAUGAAGCAAGGCACGGGUUUCCGGGAAUGCUUGGUAGCAUUGAUUGUAUGCAUUGGGGGUGGCAUAAUUGCCCGACUGCGUGGCGCGGCCAAUAUACGCGAGGUGAUCACGGAUAUCCAACCCUUGCUAAAAGAUCCGCAAACAGCUCGCUAAAAAUCGAGGUGGUUAUAAACGAGUUGGUUCGGCUUGGCUUGUAA